CCCCACUGUAUCCAAAGGUGCAAUAAGUGUUGCCCCAGUGCUGUCGGCCCCAGGACAUCCAUGGCAUCCAUGGCAUCGACUGCAUGACUGCUUGCUAUGAGGCAUGCACGGCACAGUAAGAUGGAGCGCGGUGCCCGCAAGUGCCAUUGGCGCCGGCCAUCCACCCACCCACGCCAUCCAAGCACCGGCCCGCUGGCACAUUCGUAGCGUACCGUACUUACCUAGGUAGCCUCCACUGUGAGCAUGGACGCCCCGGGUCCGUCUCCGUUCGCCAAAAGCCCCGACGUGGCUCACCACCCGCAGGCGCAGUCCCCCCCGUCCCUGGCUGGCUUUCCCCAUCCUCUCCCGCCUCAACCAUUUUCUCCCGACACCGAGCCGCCGCAUCGAGCGCAUUGCGACGUCGACAGAGCCCUCGCCCGCCGAACCCUUCCUUCCGAUUUUCCACGCUCGUUUGCCCGGCCUCUACGCCGCCAUUGCCCGCGGCUGCCACGGCGCAAGCGCGGACGAGACGAGACCUGGCCGCGCCAUCGGGGAGAAGCGGUUGACAUCAUCUGCCCUCCCGUAAGGCGGCCUGCAUCCUCGGCUUACUGCCACGCCUUCGACUCCUCACCACCGCCGCCGCCGCCCUCGCCUGCCCUGCCGUCGACCCUAAAACCCCCCGACCUCUUGCCACCCGCCCGCGUCCCGGCCGCUCAUGGAGCGCGGGCCCCGAACAAGAUGAACUCCCUCAACAUAAUCACCGCACGCGUAUCGCCCCCGUCGAGCCCUGUACAGUCUCGCUCCAACAGCAUCACCUCCAUCGAACUCGAAUCCGACGAAAAGGCGUCAGGGCUGGCCGACGACACGCCAGAUGGACGCCACGACCCGGGUUUCUACUCGGGCCCCGGCGGUGCCUACGGUGAGUCGGCGCGCUACGCCGACGAAAAGAGCGAGCCGCCCGGCGAAGACACCCCGUUGCUCCACGAGAAGGAAGGCAAUCGUCGCGGCAGCUGGUGGCAUGCCCUGCCGCGAACCUUGGCGUCAAGCAUCGUCAGCUCCAUCCGCUGGAUCUUUGUCACGCUGGCGUCGCCCGGUGUCUACUUAAUAGCGUGCUUCUACGACGAGCAAGGCAACUUUGCGCCCAUGACGCAGCUUAAGAGGCUUUUUGGCGUUCGCAAGGGCGGCAUGGACUCUUAUGAGGUGACGGAAGCCCACGGCGGCCGUCGCACUUCGGCAUCCAACUCGUCUUCCAACGGUCGGACGUACCGCACCCUUGCGCCGCGUCCCACGUCGUCGUCUGGCUCAUCCACAUCUGGCGCAUCGUCCGAGUCCGAGGUUGACGACUCCAAGGGCGGCGCGAGGAGCAAACACGCUAGGUCCAAGUCGCUCAACCCCGCCGAAGAGCUUAACACGGCACGGCGAUCGAUCAGGAUCAAGCUGCACAACGACGAGGCCUUGAAGCAGCGCAAGCACCGGCGUACGCAGUCGGCUGUCGCCAGGACCAAGGCGAGCGAGGAGGACCUCUCGGCGCAGCUCAAGUCGCCGACAUCGCCUAUCGCCGCGUUGACCAAGUACCCGAAAACACCCGCGCCGCCGCGGCCGCUGAUACCCCGGCGGCAGCCAUCGUACCUCAACAUCGAGGCGCCCAUCAAGCAGCAGAAGACGCUGAUUCUGGAUCUCGACGAGACGCUGAUACACAGCAUGUCCAAGGGCGGCCGGAUGAGCACGGGACACAUGGUCGAGGUGCGGCUCAACACGGCGUCGCUGGGCAUGGGGGCCGCGAGCAGCGGGGCGGCGCAGCACCCGAUCCUGUACUGGGUCAACAAGCGGCCGUAUUGCGACGAGUUUCUGCGACGAGUGUGCAAGUGGUUCAACCUGGUCAUCUUCACGGCGUCGGUGCAGGAGUACGCGGACCCGGUGAUCGACUGGCUCGAGUCGGAGCGCAAGUUCUUCUCGGCGCGGUAUUAUCGGCAGCACUGCACGUACCGGCAGGGCGCCUACAUCAAGGACCUGAGCUCGGUAGAGCCUGACCUCAGCAAGGUGAUGAUCCUGGACAAUAGCCCGCUGAGCUACCUGUUCCACGAAGAUAACGCGAUCCCGAUCCAGGGCUGGAUCAACGACCCGACGGACAACGACCUGAUGCACCUGGUGCCGCUGCUCGAGGGCCUGCAGUACGUGCACGACGUGCGAGCGCUGUUGGCACUGCGGGGCGGCGAGGAGGGACAGCACACGGCGUAAGCGAAAGAGAGAAAAGCGGGCGUGUAUUUUGUUUUGCUUGUCAGAUCAUGGAAAGAGGGCGGCGUUUUAUUUUAUCCCGCCGUUGGUGACGGGGAGAGCGGAGGUUUGUGUGGCGGCAUGGGGAUCCCGCCAGCGUCGCGCGUGCAUGUACAGAUAGAGAGGGGCGGAGGGAACAGAAGAAGGGAGUCAUGGCGGGUUCACGGUCGAAGCAACAUUCGGUAGCGGCCUGGUUGGGAACGGGCGAGGAGGGCAAUUUACAAGGCGCGUCGUCCCGAGCGAGCGAGCGCCGCUUGGGCCUUGAUUUUGUGUACAUGAAGCUAUUUCCCCUCGCCAUCCGGGCCGUAGAUGACGACGACGUGGUCGUGCCAGGAUGUGCAGCCGCGGGAGGAAAGUCAAUUCCCUGCCACUGCUGUGAGACAGACCAAUAGCCAGGUCGGCGCCCUGUUGUGCUAUAUUAACGUUACUACAUAGUAGCGAGCGGCCU